GUCAGACCAUUAUGAGCAUUCCCAGGGGUGGUCUACGGACCUUAAUCUCCAGCAUGACUUCACAUACAGUAACAGCAACUGUCAGAAGAGAGAGACUUGUGGUGACUAUCUUCAACAUAUAGCGUCUGAGAAGCUGUGCAGAAAAAAAAAACAGCCCUCCCUUGCCUCGGAGCUGGAUGCUUGAAAGUUUGCUCUCAUUGAAUUGAAAGGGUGAUUUGUCAAGGUGGGAUGCACUGACUAGCUCCUUUCUAGCCAUUCACAAAGAGAGCUGCUGAAAGAGGAGGAACCCUGCUGAUAUCUUUUCACUUUCUCUGGUUGUGUGAAGACAAUCCUGGUUUAAGAAAACAAGUAAAAAAAAAAGGCAGUGGUCCCGGCUGUGGCAAGGACAGUGCAUCGUAUUUCUCCUGAUUUUAGCUGCUGUGUUCAAGCAGAUACAGACUGAAAUACUUCUGAGCUGGUGAGUUCAUUUUGCUUGUGAUAUGGACUGUAGGAUUAAGAAUUGUAUUUCAAGAGCUUUCUCUUGAAUUGUAUCACAGAAGUAACCAUUGAACCAAAUGUUGAAAUGGCUUCUUGAUGCAGACGAAUAAUAUGCAAUGAAUCAGCUGGCACUGUGGAUUUUAAAGGAAAACCAACUGAAUAUGUUUUGAUUAAACCAUUAGGAAAAGCAUCUGCCAUUAACUUUAUGGAAAUCUGUGUUCAGAAGCCCAGGCAUAAGCAGGCAUAAGAAGAUGUUUAGAAGAUAUGAUGACUAGAAACAUUCAGCAUGACUGAAAAUAUGAUUGCAUUUCAAACAGGUCACUCUUCACACUCUUCGAAUGCUGUUCCACAGUAGGUCGCAAAUACUAGCAGGAAGGAAGAGCCUUGACAGAAUGGUAGAUUGCAUCAGCAAAGUCAUGCUUCAUACAGCUAUAUCAUGCUGGCAGCCAUUCCUAGGUUUGGCUCUUGUGGUAAUAUGCAUGGGGUCAGCUGUUGGAUGCCCUGCCCGCUGUGAAUGUUCGGCCCAGAGCAAAUCAGUUAUCUGUCACCGUAAACGUCUGAUUGGCAUUCCAGAGGGCAUCCCUAUUGAGACUAAGAUUCUCGACCUCAGUAAGAACAAGUUAAAAAGUGUGAACCCAGAUGAGUUUGCUGCCUUUCCAUUACUGGAGGAGUUAGACCUGAGUGACAACAUCAUUGCUAAUGUUGAACCUGGAUCGUUUAACACCCUCUUCAACCUGCGAUCCCUCCGCUUGAAGAGCAAUCGAAUAAAGCUGAUCCCACUUGGGGUCUUUACUGGAUUAUCCAAUUUGACUGAACUGGAUAUCAGUGAGAACAAAAUUGUUAUUUUGCUGGAUUACAUGUUUCAGGAUUUACAUAAUUUGAAGUCCUUAGAGGUUGGGGACAAUGACCUGGUUUACAUUUCUCACCGGGCAUUUAGUGGGCUGUUGAGCCUGGAACAGUUGACAUUGGAGAAAUGCAACCUGACUGCAGUUCCCACAGAAGCACUAUCACAUCUCCACAACCUUAUCAGCCUCAGGCUCAGCCAUCUCAGUAUCAACUCUCUGCAUGUGUACUUUAAGAAACUAUUCCGAUUGAAGCAUUUGGAGAUAGACUACUGGCCUAUGCUGGAUGUGCUCCCUGUUAACAGCCUAUACAGCCUAAAUCUUACAUCUCUGUCUAUCACCAACACCAACUUGUCCAUGGUACCAUUUCUUGCUUUUAAGCACCUGACUUAUCUCACACACCUCAACCUCUCUUUCAACCCCAUAAGCAAUAUUGAGGCAGGCAUGUUCAUAGAUUUGAUACACCUUCAAGAGAUACACAUGGUGGGGGCCCUGUUGCUCACUAUUGAAUCCCAUGCAUUCCAAGGCUUGAGUGCAUUGAGGGUUCUGAAUGUCUCACAAAACCUGCUUGAUACCUUGGAAGAGAGUGUGUUCCAGUCUCCAAGAACCCUUGAGACGCUCUGUAUCGACAACAACCCACUGGCUUGUGAUUGCCGUAUCCUUUGGAUUCUGCAGAGAAGACACACACUGUUUUUUGGUGACACCGAGCCUGUCUGUGUAGCGCCAGAGAGCAUCAGAGGGAAGCAAUUUAAGGACUUUCAUAGUACGGUUCUUUCGUUUUACUUUACCUGCCAAAAGCCAAAAAUUCGGGAAAGGAAAAUGCAACAGUUGUUUGUCGAUGAAGGGCAUAUAGCUCAACUGUUGUGCAAUGCAGAUGGUGAUCCUUUGCCCGAUGUAUUCUGGAUCACACCACACAGAAGACUUGUCACAGUGAAAUCUAACGGGAGAGCUACAGUACUUGGAGAUGGUACACUCAAAAUCAAGUUUGCCCAGGUUCAGGAUAGUGGAACCUAUAUUUGUGUAGCCAGCAAUGCGGCUGGAAAUGAUACUUUCUCUGCGUCCUUGACUGUGAAGGGCUUUCCAAGUGACAGGUCUCUUUAUGCCAACAGGACCUCUAUGUAUAUAACAGAGGCAAACAACACCAAUUCGAAUGGAACUAAUGUGUACAAUAUGACUUUUGCCCUGGACCUGAAAACAAUUUUAGUAUCCACGGCAAUGGGAUGCUUCACUUUCCUAGGAGUUGUCUUGUUUUGCUUCUUGUUGCUUUUUGUGUGGAGUCGAGGAAAAGGAAAGCACAAAAACAACAUAGACAUCGAGUACAUUCCCCGGAAGUCCAAUGAGGCUGUGGUGGAAGGGGCAGAGCAGGGAGGCCCCCGUAGAUUCAACAUGAAAAUGAUUUAGAACUUGGCAUCAACAGUUGCUUGGUAACCAAUUGAUUGGCUGUGUUUUAAUAUAGAACAGCCUGUCAAGUAAAGCAGAUUGGGCAGACUGGGCUUGUGGGGAUCACAGAAGAGCUGACACUUGGCAUUAUUAGUUUGCUAACAAAACUGAUGGAUGAUUAAACACUUUGUUGGCAUUCUUUGAAACUGAGAAAUAGACUGUUGUUUUAAGUCAAUUAGCUGCUAUUCAGCAUUUCAUAUAGCCUGCAGUGAAUCCUACAGUGCAGGAUUUACAUAUAAAAGACAGUUUUAAAAAUCAUGUACAAGUAAACUUUGUAUUUAAUUAUUGAUUCAACACUGCAAAGAAGUAUCUAUGAAACCGAAUUUCUUUUUUUUUCUUUAAUAUUUCCUACAAUCUUUUAAAGCAAUAUCAAUGGGAGACUGUGCUUUAGAAGUUAAGAUCUAGACUUCUUCAGGGGUACUGUCAGUAGAAUCAGACUAACUUUGACACCUCACUUCUGAAACUCUCAAUUUGCUUGUGAUGAGAGGAUUUUACUAGUUACAGUAUAAAAAUUACACAUUUAAAGGUUUAGGUGGUUAUUUAUUGGAAACUCCUCACAUUAAAUUAAUUUAUAUUCUGUUUCCAAUAUUUCGAGAUAACAAAAUCAGUUUGGUAUUAUAUAAAGCAGGGGUCUCCAACCCUGUUCAUAGAGGUCCGGUGUCCCUCCUGGUUUUUGUUCCAACUGUACCCUAAAUUACUUAUUAGUAGCUUAAUUGGUCCAAUUCAUUAAUUUAGUGUGCAGUUAGAACAAAAAACAGGAUGGACACUGGCCCUCCAGGACCAGGUUUGGAGACCCCUGCUCUAAAGCAUAAUUCAUAGAAGAUAAAAUGCUAGUGUCAAUUUGGAUUGUGUAAUGUAAAAAAAAAAAAAAAAAAAACAUAAUUAUUGAUUCCUUAGCAAAUGAGUUCAAAAUGUACUGUUACGAUUGUUUAUAUUUAAUCUACAGAUGUUUCAAACAAACCUAUUUAUUUCUGUGUUUGUUCAUGCAUUUCCAUUUAACCCUUUUAACACUGAGUAAAUAUAUAAAAAAUAUAACAAUCAUGGGGUUUCCAUGCAAGUUUUUUUUUUUUUUUUUAACUCGAGACAUUUACAUGAGAAAAUGUCUCUUGUAAAAUGUUUUUUUUUGGGUUUCCGUCCGCUCAGUUUAUUUUAUUUGAAUAAACCUGGCUUUUCACCUGACGUCAUACAAAUGAAUAGGAAAGGUGGGGGUUGUAUGAGCUAUGCGUAAAUAACUCAUGCUGUUUUUGAAGAUUACUAGUGAAAUUUUGUGAAAAAUGUGGUUUCCAUGCGCAGAGAACUGGUACACGAGUGAAUCUAAGCUGCUGUAAUAAAGCAAUAUACCUCGUGCCGGGUUGGUUAAUAAUGUGUUUUACUGCUCUUGCCAAAUUUUUUUUCAAAUGUCAUUAGCGUGGCGUCAUGUCGUUAGUAGUGAAUACUGUUUCAACUAAUUUAUCUUACGACUCAUUAAUUAAAAAUGAAAAUGAGUAUAAAAUGAAACUGACCAACAGGUAUUGCAGAUCACCAUGCCUGAAAACCGUCGGAGACGUUAUAUAUAUAUAUAACGUCUCCGUAUACUACCGUGGUUUAGAAACCCUACCCAUCCGGAUGGAUGACAGCUGCUGAGGAAACAUUCAACACAACAUUUGGGCAAAUAUGGCUAGUGGGCACUUGAAAGGGAAGUGGCAGAUACUGAUGAAAAGGACUGAAGUGCAUUAGUUCGUUCCCAAAAUUGCCACUGUCUGCUGUAUCCUGCACGAAAUCCUGUCAACAACAAAAUUAGGUGUUCAGGAAUCAGGCUGCCUGUGAGACACACAGGGAAGGUUACCAGUGUUGCCAAGUCUCACGAGAAAAAAAAAGCGGCACUGCCUUUCAAAACAAGCCCAAAACAAGCACAACCCAUGUUAGAAUAUGGGUGGUUAUGCAAAAUCCAACCCGCAACUCUCAAAAACAAGCCCAAUCCUGCUUAUUAUAAGCGGACUUGGCAACUGGGAAGGUUACCUCAGUCGCCAGUUUCAAUUGGAUAGCAGAGAUCUGAGGCUCGUGCUGUCAGAGAUUCUCUCCUUUCAUGUAAGUUGUGUUGGAUUUACUGUUGUGUUAAAUAUUAAUGAUGCAAACAAAUAAAACACAAUCAAUAUGUUCAUUUCUGUUCAUUUUGGUCAGUUCUGAGAGGGCAUCAACAACUUGGAUGUUGUUGCGUUGUUUUGGGGCGAUCGAGCUGGCUUAUGACAUCCAGUUCACAAACUAUAUUUAUUAACGUGGAGGGCAGACACUCAUUGUCUUUGGACAUAGCUGGGAUCAAAAAAAGGACGGGAAUUAAUUCAGUUAGACAUUUAAGCAGCUCACUUGCUCUUCGUGUUUAACUUUAGUGUAGUUUUUACAGCAAGGGUAUUCUGCUUUAAUACUAUAACAAGGGCAUAACACAGUUCAUGGUAAGUGGUUUUAUACAGAACUGUAAACCCACAAGAAAUAUACAACAUGACACAGCAAAAAACAAUAAUAAAAAAAGCCGCCCACAUUAUCAUUAAGGUGAACUACUCCACUGCUAACUAUAAAAUCGCCCAUCAGCCACUACUUUCUGCCGUCUUGGAAUCCACAGUAAUAACACGCUCAUUAACAUUUACAUGUGAAAUGCGGGUUUCCAUGCAAAACUGGACGUGGAUUUUCCCUUGUGUUUCGUCAUUUACACGAGUAAAUGAGAUUUACCCUAUCCCUCUCUUUGGCUGUUUUUUUUUGGCCACAAACCUGAUUUACCUGAGUAAUUCUCCCAAACGUGCACACACAUCGAAAUUUCAUAUGUAAAUUGACCCACAUGGAAACCCCAUGAAUGCAAUCAUUUGUAAAGUUUUAAACAUGUUAUAAUAAGACAUUAACAUAACUGAUACCCAUUUAUCAACCUGCCUUCAUGUGUGGAGUCAUUUUUCAUAUAUAUCUGAACUGGUUUGGAGUGUUGAAAGAGAGUAAAUGAAUAUAAAUCCUGCAGGCCCAGUCAAUGCAUAUAUCAAGUUUCUGCAGUGAGAAUAUGUUACACUCUGUAGUAGUUUAUCAUUUUGUUGUUAAAACAUUUAGAUUGUGAAAGUUAAAAGUAUGAACACAUGCAUGUGGAAUAAAGAAAACCCAUUUUUAAUGAUGAGCACAUUUGCAAGACACAGAAGGUAAUAUUUUGAACAAAACCAUAAAUCAAUUUAGUACCUUGUGCAAACUGAAGUGUCUGUAAUCUGUGCGACUGAUCCCAAGUCAAUAUUUCACACAUGAUUAAAUUCUUGUCUUAAAUUCCCCCAUUGCAAAAUUCUGUCAAUUGACAAGAAGCAAUUGGAUGAUAUGAAUUGCAGUGUGUGAGAGUAAAUGAGGGCCACUGGGAGUCUGACAGAAGCUGAGGUAAUAGCUUGUUUGAAGGGCCAGGUCCAAUGCUGUGCUUAUGUUUACUCUCUCAAAACCAGGUACAAUGAAUUUCAAUUCAGUUUUUUUUUAGACCACUCCUGACAAUAAAAAAGACAUAUAGCUAGGUUAUAUCAACUAAAGCCUUCUGUGGAGGUAAACACUUCCUUGAAAUGGAGAAAAAAUUUGCUCAGAGCAACACAACAUUAGUUCUAUAACAAAAAUUAAAUUUUAUGAAUCUUUUUUUUUUCAUUCCAAUAUAAUGUAAAUACAAUCUAAAUAUAAAAUAUGGCCUAAAAAUAUCAUGAAUAUGUGUACAUAUUUUUCAGAAUAUAGCUUAUACUUUAUACACAACCCUCCAACAAGUAUUGAUACAGAUUAAAUAAUGGUUAGUUGUAUUUUUUGCUUAUUUUUUCCCAUUAUGACUUACAUUCAGCGUGGUUCUGUACAAGCUGUAGCAUUCACCUUUGAAGAAAUAUACUGUAUUUUGGGGGUCAGGUAAAAGCAAAGCCAUGUAAAGGAAAUAAGGUUCAGCGCCAGGAGUCACACUUUUGAUUAAAAAAAGAAACAAAAAAAAAAACAGUCAAAUAAACAAAAAUAACGGUACAGGUUCAAGAGUUUUGAAACUGUCAUCCAAGCUGACUGCUACAGUACUUUGGUGACCAGGACUAAGCAUACAGACACAUACUGUACUCUUCAUGAGUCCUGCACUGAACUGAUUAUAUACAAGUAGCCAGGUUAAUUUGGUAAUCAAUUAACCAAUUGAAUCUGGUCACAAAUGCAAAGAUUUAGCCCAAACCCCUACCCUAAUACAAUGUGCAAGGCAAGUGAAGAACAGAAUCUAAAAAUAAUAACAAACUAUAAAAAGGUCUGAUAUAUCAGUUAUGUUAACAUGUCUUCACUUGUACAGCACAGUGUAACCAUUAACCUGUCCUUCUUGCCCUAGUGGAUUAAAGAAAUAAAUCACUUAGAGAGAAGGCAUUUUUUGAGAGCCUUUUGAGACCACAUAGGUGCUUUAAACAAACUGUAUUGCAUUCCUCUUUAAAAAUUCAGAAAGCCAAUUACUGUACUCUAUAUAAGGAGUUGUCAGCAAAGUACAUUGAGUUGAUGAAUGUAACCCUUUGAAAUAGCAAAUAUGGGAAUUUCUCACUUCAACAGGAUAAGGUUGGAGGUCCAUGCAGAGAGAAGAAGGCAGAAAAAAAAACUGCACUGUGGUACACAUUUGCUUGAACUAAUUAUUUUGAUUUCCAAUAAAAACUUUCAAAAUGUUCCCUUAUAGAGGUGCUGUACUAUGCCAAGAUUAUAUAUAUACACACAGUUGUAGUCAAAAGUUUACAUACCCCAAUGGAAAUUUAUAAUUUCUAGAAAUUUCUCAAAAACAAAGAAUUUUAGGGAAAAUCUUUUGUAGCAAUAGGGUGAGUAUUGCAGUCGUUACAUUUGGAGAAACACCAUACCUACUGUCAAGCAUGGAGGUGGUAAUAUCCUUUUAUGGGGCUGUUUUCCUAUAAUGGCACAGUAAAUGUAGUUCCAAUACAUGGUAAAAAUGGAUUCCAUAGCAUACCAAAAGAUAUUGGCCAAUCAUCUGAAACACUCUGCUACAAAACUUGGUUUAAAGCGCAACUGGACAUUUCAACACAAUACAAUCCAAAACACACAUCAAAAUUUACUUCAGAAUGGUUAAAGAAGAACAAAAUCAAGGUUUUGGAAUGGCCUAGACAAAGUCCUGAUCUAAAUCCAAUUGAGAAUAGUGUGAGUUGAAGAAGGCUGUGCACAAGAGAAGUCCUCAGAAUUUGAAUAAAAUGGAACAAUUUUGCGUUGAAGAAUGGUAAAAAAUCACUAAAGAAUCAUGCCAAAAGCUGACUGACAAAUAUCCUAUUCGUUUAAAAGAGGUUAUUAUUGCUAAACGUGCCUCAACUAGCUAUUAAUUUAAUUUUCCUUGUCAGGGUAUGAAUACUUUUGAAUUAGCAUUUUGGAGUUCUGCAAAGAAAUUGCUGAAAUAAAUAAUUGUAGACAUCUAUUUCUUGUUACAUUUUUUCCUCAUCCACAAAAGCAAAACUUUUACUACAGAAGAUUUUUCCUAUAAUUGUUUUUGAGUAAUUUCUAGAAAUUAUACAUUUCCAUUGGGGUAUGUAAACUUUUGACUACAACUGUAUAUACCGAUGCACAAUAAAAAUGCAACAGUCUAAGUUGCACAUCAAUAGCUCACAAGGUGCAUACAUAAUGUUAUUUACAUUUUAAAUAGUGAGCAGAUAGGUUUAUUGAUUGUUUGAGUAGUAUUGUUCGUGUGGAACAAUGCAAGAUUGGCUGGCAAGACCUAUGGUCAGUGGAACAGAGCAGGAUCAGUUUCCUCAUCAGGUCAACAUAUGAUGUUCUCCCAUCACCACAGAACCUAAACCUCUGGGUAGGAGAGGAUCCCUCAUGUCCUUUGUGUUCAUCACCUGCAACAUUAAGGCACAUUUUGACAGGAUGUAAGGUGGCUCUUAGCCAAGGACGGUUUACUUGGCGCCAUGACCAGGUGCUGCAAUGUUUGGCCUUAGCAUUGGAAGACAAGCGUAACAUGACCAAAAAGUUGCCACCUGUUCCAUCAAAACAUUACACACAAAAGACAACAUUCCUCCACCCAGGAGAGCAACCACCAAAAAAAGGUGUUAAAACCAAUCCUCGCCCAGGACAACUGGAAGCUGCUAGAGACUGGAAAAUGCUGGCAGAUGUUGGUCAACGGCUUAUUUUUCCACCUGAGAUUGCCACCACUAACCUUCGACCAGAUAUUGUCUUGUGGUCUGGAUCAGCACGCCUUGUUCAUCUGGUAGAGUUAACAGUGCCAUGGGAGGAUGCUGUAGAUGAGGCGUAUGACAGGAAGAAACUGCAGUAUGCUCAACUAGCCACUGAAGCGGAACAGCGAGGAUGGAGACUCAGGGUUUACCCAGUGGAGGUGGGUUGUCGAGGAUUUGUGGCACACUCUACAACCCGGUUUCUCAGAGACGUCGGAUUCAGUGGCCAAGAGUUGCGUCGCACAGUGAAGAACUUAUCUGAAGCAGCAGAGAGGAGCAGCAACUGGCUGUGGUUGAGACGGAAAGAUUCUGGCUGGGGAUCUCAAGCACAAUAGAAAGAAAGAAACGCUGAUGUACAGGUAAGUAAGCUGGGCUGAGUUGAGUGGGGGACGGAGGGGGGUGAUGCUGGGACACCAGAAUCACCAUUGAGCCCUCUUGAGGUGUCGUGGGCUAGUCGACGAAACACUGAGGAUGGAAGGUGCCCACUUGAAGACCCCAGAGAUGUACCUUACUUAGCUCAAUCCAGACGGUUAUCAUGCUGAUGCGCUGGGGAGGCCGCACUGUGGUUGAUCCCCGGAGCCAGCAUCGCAGCCGUUGUGUGUGCUGAUGCGCCAGGGAGGCAAAAUAAGCUGAUCCCUGGAGCCAGCAUUACACUUCAGCCAUUAACACCAGAUAGAAGGAUAUCUACAUCAUCAUAUGGAAGGAAACGUAAAUGGAUGGAGACACAUAUGGAUCACAUUAGUUUACUGUAAAGCUACGUCUUAGUUGGUGCUUAUCUUGGCGAGAGACGAGAUCAAAUCAGCAUGAAGUUUUAACAUCUACUCUCAUGUAAUGGAAAUCAUGUUCCUUGAGAUAACAAAAUACUGAGCUCAAGGCAUGUGAUUUCAUAAAAUCUCCAGGUGCUCAGUGUUUGGUAUUGCCAAAAUGAGUUUAUUAAGAAUCUGUAUAGCCAUUCGAAAAGACAUGAUUUUAAUUAACGCAAUAACAGCGAAAGAUACGACCAUGUCCCGCUUGAGUAACGAAGAUCGCCUGGUUGCUAUCGGCAUAAUUGAAGGCAGCCUAUCUGUGAGAGAACAGUUACAUGGAGAAUGAGAUGUUCUGCUUCAACAAUCAGCAGACUAGUCCAGAGAAACCAGGAAACCGGCUCUGUGAAGGUUAGGCCACGUCCUGGAAGGCAGAUGGUCACCACACCAGCCCAGGCCCAUCACAUCCGACUGGUCCAUCUGCAUAAUCGUUUUCAGACUGCAGUGGCUAAAGCACGACAAAUUCCAAGAAGAAAUAACCUGCGCAUCAGCAGAAUGACUGUAGCUCGCUGUCUGCAUGAAAUGAUUUGCAUGCUCGGAGGCCGUUCAGGGGUAACAUGUUGACAGCUGAGAGACGAUGGCAGAGAGAGUGGUGGAGAGUUUUUCACAGAUGAAUGUCGUUUUGCCCUUGACAGACCUGAUGGAACACAACGUGUGUGGAGACGUCAUGGAAAGCAUUAUGCUGACUGCUGCCUUGUUCAAGCCAACCAUGUGAUGAUGUGAGGAGGAAUCUCCUUUAACACAAGAAUGAUGGCAACCUUACUGCUCAGCGAUACACUGAUGAAGUCCUUGAGGCAACAGUUUUUCCAUUCCUGCAAGCCAAUCCGGAAGUGUUGAUUUUCCAGCAGGACAAUGCAAGACCACGCAGUGCUAGGAUUAUAAUUGCACGACUUCAAGAAAACAAUGUUGAGGUCUUGCUGUGGCCAGCUUUAUACUGACCUGAGUCCAAUAGAACAUCUGUGGGACCAAAUCGCCAAUGCCAUCCACAGGAGACAACCACGACCAGCCAACCUCCGCCAGCUAACUGCAGCUGGCGGAACAUCCCACAGCAGUCUCUCCACAGGCUGAUCCCUCAACGCUGCUAGGAUUGUGUUAAUGCUCAGGGAGGUCAUACCCAAUACUAACUUUGUAAUGUUUUUAUUUUGACAGUGUGUCACGUCUCAUACUGAAAACUUGAUUCUUUGAUCUGUAUUUUUGUUCACAUUUUCUGUGAUUUUGUUUGAUAUCUAUGUUUAAAAUAUUUGAUUAAAUCCAUUAGACCUGA